GCCGAUAUGACUAAACUUUCGCCUUUUGACACCUUUGCCAGGAUAUUACCACUUGUGCAUGAGCUACAAAUUGUCGAGCAAUGGAUACUGUCAAAACAAUACCCGACGCCACACGUCCGGGUCAUCGGAAAUUCAGCAAACCGCCGGUGAAAGUCGCUUGUCUAGCAUGUCGCAACCUUCGCAUCCGAUGCGACGGGCUCAAACGAUGCGGGAACUGUGUGGCCAGAGAGACGCCUUGCUGCUAUGUGCCCAGCAAGCGCGGGGGCCCGCGGAUUCGCAAGCGCAAGCGGGCUUUGACGCCGCUGUCCGGCUCAAUGGACACGUCGCUGAACUCGAGGUCGACUGAGGAGAUCGAGGUAGAUGUGCUGGGAAUGCAGGGGUCGGACUCGGGGCCGCCCUCGCAGAUGUCGCUGCCGCAGGAGGAGGAGGAUGAAGUCUGGCUGGGCCAGCUCUUCACCCUCGGGGCGCCGGGUGCAGGACUCCGGAGCAUCGAGAGCUCGGUCUCGGAGAUCGAGCAGAUCUUCGACGAGAUAUUCGCGGAGGAUAGUGUACGGAUACCUUCUGAGGUGGAGGCGGAGACGGAGGUUGUGGAGCUAGAUCUGCUGCAGGUGUAUGCGUCGGAUGAGGAUAUACUGGACGCGUACUACGUCUUCAUACACCUUUAUUCUCCCCUCCUCCCUCCACCCGAGCGACUCCCUGUGCGAAACAAGCCCGUGUACAGCGCGUCGACCUAUCGGCCCUCCAGCCCGCUGGCGCUCGCUGUCUGUGCUAUCCUCGCGUUAAUACCCCAUCCGGACGUGCGGCAGCCGUCAAAGGCGGAGUGUGUGAAGCUCCGGCGGGAGACGGCGCACUCGUAUGCGCAAGCCGCCUUGGAAGCCGUGGAGGCGGAUCUGGAGCUGCUGGACUCAGCAUCGGAUCCGUCGCGUGCGCUAUCGGAGGAAGUGGCGCAGUGCACACGCGAGCCUUUUCAUGCGAAGGUGCCGGUGGGCUUAGAAGCGGUGCUGGCUCUGGUGCUGCUGAGCAGUUAUGAGUACGCGCAGCGGGGGAACAUUCAAAAGAUGUGUAAUCGUGCGGGACAGGCGUUGACGGCAGCGAUGAGUAUGUCAUUGCACGAGACGGUGGAGGAGGAUGGGUUUGCGGAGGCGAGACGGAGGGCGUGGUGGAUGACUUAUAUGACGGUGUGUCAGGGGUCGAUUGUGAGUGGGAUGCCUCCUGUGAUCAAUGUGUACGAUCCUCGCUUUGUGACACCAUAUCCCAAGGGUUGGAAACUCCUCAUCGAAGCUCAGCAGACUAUCCUUGAGGCCACCACCUUCGUUCAUGACCUCAACCUUACCAUUAAGUCGCAGUACAACGCGCCAUGGAUCGCGAAGCGCAUGAUGGACCUCGACAGCCAAAUUACCUACCUUCUCCACCCAUGUCGCGCUUCCUCGCCAUCCAUCGCCCGCUUCCCACCGAUCCCCACGGACUCACCUGAAACAAUUGCCUUGCAGAGCAUGAAAUACAUUGCGGAGAUCAAACUUCACAGCGCGCGUAUCAAAACCCACCGCUUCUGCGCGUUCCAAGACAUCGCCAUCUUCCGCCGGCGCCACUGCGACCUCCACGCCACCAGCACCAGCACCAGCACAAGCAGCGGCACCAGCACCACAAGUACAAACACCUCCUCCCCAACCUGCUGCAGCCUCCCCCUCGCCCUCCCGCAAGCCCAGGCCCAACCGCAACCGCAACCUCGCCGUAUGUCCUUCCCGUUUUCAGGCCACGUCUCAUCGAAGGUCUGCCUCCACGCGGCCCUAAACAUCACCAACCUUCUCGACCACCUCCCGUACCCGAACCCGAGCAACGAGAUCCCGCUCACCCGGCCACCGUACCUGUCGCGGCAGUCGCGCGUCGAGAUCCCGCGCACGAUGCCCUCGUUUGCCUGCUGCGCGAUGCAGGCGAGCUACGCGAUGAUGAUGCUAGGGGUGAAGGCGCGGGCGAGUGCGGAAGGCACGGGGCCGGGGCCGGGGCCGGGUAAGUCGCUGGAGGGGUUUGUGGAGGAGUUGCGGCAGAAUUUACGGGGGGUGUGGAAGGUGUUGGGGAACUAUGCGAUUGCGUUUGAGGCGGUCGGGGGGAUGCGAGAUGAGAUUGGGCAGUCGAUGGGAUGCUUGGAGUGAAUGGCUUGCAAUUGAAGGCGUGGCCACAGCAGAGCCUCCCUGAGGUGGCCUAGUCAUGUGUUUGAUUUCUGUGGUUGGGUGGUGGUAUCUGUUGGGCUGAGUGAAUGGCGCGAUUACGUUGCACAAAGGCUCGUUCGCACACAUUCACCAGGUCCGACACUGAGAGCGGCUGUCUACCAAUGAGGCUCUAGGCAACGGUGGGCCAGUCAUCCCAACCUCCGCCAU